AUGCCUUACUUAAAGUUUAUACUAUAUUGUUUAUUAGAAAAUCUUGCCUUAAGGAGACCUACGUGGAUGGAGAAUAUUUUUCCUGGUAAAAUUGUAGAGUGGGGAGCCUCAAAGGCAGUGGACGGACGGUAUACUGAUCGAGGCGGAAAAGGAAACCAAUGUACAAUAUCGGACGACGGGAAGCAAACGGCAACAUGGAGAGUAGAUCUAGGAAGUAUUGUCAGCAUCAGUCAUAUCAAAAUCUACCAUAGGACUGAUAAUAAACCUAGCCCAACUGUUUACGUAAGACGAUUUGCAGGAUUUUUCCUUUAUGUUUCAAACACUACAUUAAAAGAGGACGGUCAUGUUUGUUUCCACGCGAUACAGAGAGUGAAUGGUACACCAGUGGAGGACCAAACGAUUUAUUGUUCUGUUCAAGGACGAUAUGUAAUAUUCUACAAUGAGCGAAGGCCGGAUGUGACGUAUCCAAGUUACUAUACACCAUAUGCAUAUACUGAUUUGUGUGAAUUGGAGGUUUAUGGAUGUCGUGACCCAAGAUAUUACGGAGACAAUUGCGACCAAUCAUGUCCAGCAGCAUGUCAAGAGCGGAGGUGUGAUGUCAUUACAGGCGACUGUUUGGGUUGUAUAAGUGGAUAUCAAGGCUUAAAAUGUCGUCAAGUGUGCAAUGAGCAAACGUAUGGACCACAAUGCGCUUUGUCCUGCGGAAACUGUAGAUGUGGGUAUACCUGUCACCAUAUUAAUGGAACCUGUCUGAACGGAUGUGACGAGGGAGUGGAGGGAGAGAAAUGUCAGAAUGAAUGCCAACCAGGUUAUUAUGGUAGGGACUGUAAACAUGAAUGCAGUAUUAACUGUGGAGUUACCAGACGAUGUGACAGGUUUAUUGGGGAGUGUGAGGGAGGCUGUCAGCCGGGAUGGAAGGGAGAACAAUGUGAUACUCGUAUGUAUCCAUUUGAUGAAUACGACAUUUACUGGAGUUGA